AUGGAUGCAGGAAAUUCCCCUACCAAAAUUCAAUGCAGCAGUCACAAGCUUCAGAGAAGAGCUGGCAAUUCAAGUGCUGAGGAUGCAGGCCCCCACACUAAAUCCAGGCUCCCUCGUCCAAUAUACUGGUGUCCACCUCGCAGAGGAGUGAAAAUGAAUGUGGAUGGUGCAAGUAAAGGCAACCCCGGUCCUAGUGGAGGAGGAAGGAUUAUACGAAACCAAGAAGGAAAUUUGAUUAUGGCUUUCUCGAAUUUUUAUGGAUGCUGCACCAACACUGAGGCGGAAUUAAGAGCCAUGUUGGAUGGCCUGCGCCACUGUGAAAGGCUGGGUUUGGUGGAAUGCCAGGUGAGCUCGGACUCGAAUACCAUUGUGCAAUACAUUAAUGCGAAAAAGUGUGAGGCUUGGAGGUGUUGGUACUGGUUUGAGGAGGUUAUUCACCUGGUGGAAGCCCUGCAGGCUACUGUGAGCUUCUCAUUCAGGGAGAGUAACCGUGCAGCAGAUUACUUGGCAAAUUGGGCUUGUAGCUCCCAAAGGAAUUCUACCUUUUGGCCGCAGGGAGAGCUUCCUUCGAAGCUGUUCAGCAUUAUCAGAGAAGAUAAGGCAGGCUUGCCUGUUUUUCGUUUUUAG